AUGGCGACCACAGAGGACCCCUCAUUCGCCUUCUACGGCACCCUUAUCCACACACCCAGCAUCCAAAGCAUCGAGAUCCUAGAGCAAGCCAUCUUAGUCGUGAGCGCGUCCACCGGCUGCAUUCUCGCCCUGCAAGCCAAUAUCCCCAAGGAUCAAGUCCAGAAGACGCUCACAGCCCUUGGAGUCGCGCCCAGCCGCACCACGCAUCUCCUCCAAGGCCAGUUUCUCAUCCCCGGCUUCGUCGACACCCACAACCAUGCGCCGCAGUGGAUGCAGCGCGGCCUCGGGCAGGGCAUGCACAUUCUCGACUGGCUUUCCGGUGUGACUUUUCCCAACGAGGCGCGCUUCCGCGAUCCUGAGUAUGCGCGCCGUGUUUACGCUGAGAUGGUCGCCGGAAUGCUGCGGCAGGGCGUCACCACGGCGAGUUACUACGGUUCGUUGCACGGCGAGGCAACAUGCAUCUUGGCAGAUACCUGUCUCAAAAAGGGCCAGAGAGCAUUUGUUGGGAAGUGCAAUAUGAACCGGAGCUCGCCUGAUUUCUACCGCGACGCAAGCGUUGAGGAGUCGCUAGCGGAGACGGAGCGAUGUAUCAGUCACAUCCAAACCAUUGAUCCCUCCAACAAGCUCCUCAAAUACGUCAUCACCCCUCGCUUUGCCAUCUCGUGUGAAGCAGAUCUCCUCGCCGGUCUGGGAGAUAUCGCCUCUCGCAACCCAGACCUCCCGAUCCAAACGCACUUCAACGAAGCUCAGCAGGAGGUCAAGGCCACGCUCUCCCUAUUCCCACAGUUCUCUAACGAAGUUGACCUGUAUUCUCACUACAAUCUCCUCAACCCGAGAAGCAUCCUUGCUCACUGCACCAUCAUGACUGAUGCCGAGACGCAGAGCCUGGCUGACCUCGACUGCGGCAUUGCCCACUGCCCGACUUCCAACAUGACCGUCGGCGGCGGGUUCAUGGCCGCACCUGUGCGAGACUUCUUGAAUCGCGGCAUGAAGGUCGGGCUGGGAACCGACUCUGGCGGCGGUUUCUCGUCAUCUAUCCUUGAUUCGAUGCGCCAUGCUCUUAUUGCAUCAUUCUCACGAGAGGCGGCAUCCGAAGGUCGUGAAAAGGGUUUGACGCUGGAGGAAGUGUUUUACCUCUCGACCAUGGGAGGCGCGAGGGUCAUGGGGAUGGAUGACAAGAUUGGAGACUUCAAAGUGGGCAAGGAGUUUGAUGCUGUCGUGGUCGAUAUGAACUCAGCUCGUGGCGGAGUGAAUGCGCCAGUGGAGGAUGACGACGAGCUGAGGACAGUGUUUAACAAGUUCCUGAUGACGGGAGAUGACAGGAACUUGACCCAGGUUUUUGUCAAAGGCCAAAUGGUUCAUUCAUUGUAG